CCCCCUGCGGCUAUGGCGGGGGGCGGUGGGUCGCGCUACGCGGCCGAGUUCGUGCCGCCGCCCGAGUGCCCCGUGUUCGAGCCGAGCUGGGAGGAGUUCAGCGACCCGCUCGGCUUCAUCGGCCGCAUCCGCGGCCUGGCCGAGAAAACCGGCAUCUGCAAGAUCCGGCCCCCCAAGGACUGGCAGCCUCCAUUUGCAUGUGAAGUACAAAGUUUUCGAUUCACUCCACGAAUUCAGCGCCUGAAUGAGCUGGAGGCAAUGACAAGAGUGAAACUGGACUUCUUGGAUCAGUUAGCAAAAUUUUGGGAACUCCAAGGAUCAAAUUUAAAAAUCCCUGUGGUUGAGAGAAAAAUACUGGAUCUCUAUGGUCUGAGCAAGAUUGUUGCCAACAAAGGAGGCUUUGAAGUAGUGACCAAAGAGAAGAAAUGGUCUAAAGUGGCGAGUCGGCUUGGCUACCUGCCAGGAAAAGGCACGGGGUCGUUGCUCAAGUCUCACUAUGAACGGAUCCUGUAUCCCUACGAGCUCUUCCAGUCCGGGGUCAGCCUCAUGGGCAUCCAAAAGCCUAACUUGGAUCUAAAGGAAAAAGUGGAGGCUGAGGACCUCAGCUCAGAUGGCCAGGCUUCCCCAAAGCAGGCUUCGAGGAUGAACGUUAUGCUGAAGAGAACCAGGCGUGUCAAAUCCCAGGCAGAGGCAGGAGAAAUGAGUAGAAACACUGAACUAAAGAAGCUGCAGAUCUUUGGAGCUGGACCCAAGAUGAUGGGACUGUCUUUGGGAGCAAAGGAUAAAGAGGAUGAGGUGACGCGAAGGCGCAAGGGACCCAGAUCAGAAGCAUUUGGAAUGCAGAUGAGGCAGCGCAAGGGAACUCUUUCUGUCAACUUCGUGGAUCUCUAUGUUUGCUUAUUUUGUGGUAGAGGAAAUAACGAGGAUAAACUGCUGCUGUGUGAUGGGUGUGAUGACAGCUAUCACACUUUCUGCUUGAUUCCUCCUCUUCCUGAUGUACCCAAGGGUGACUGGAGGUGUCCAAAGUGCGUUGCUGAGGAAUGCAACAAACCCCGAGAGGCCUUUGGAUUUGAACAAGCCGUCAGGGAAUAUACUCUCCAGAGCUUUGGUGAAAUGGCCGAUAACUUCAAGUCUGAUUAUUUCAACAUGCCGGUCCAUAUGGUUCCCACUGAGCUAGUAGAAAAAGAGUUCUGGCGAUUAGUGAGCAGCAUAGAAGAAGAUGUUAUUGUGGAAUAUGGGGCCGAUAUCUCAUCCAAGGACUUUGGGAGUGGCUUCCCAGUGAAGGAUGGCCGACGAAAGCUGAUGCCAGAGGAGGAGGAUUAUGCUCUCUCUGGUUGGAACUUGAACAACAUGCCCAUUCUCGAGCAGUCAGUGCUUGCUCACAUCAAUGCAGACAUCUCUGGCAUGAAGGUGCCCUGGCUGUACGUAGGGAUGUGCUUCUCCUCCUUUUGCUGGCAUAUUGAAGACCACUGGAGCUAUUCCAUCAACUACCUGCAUUGGGGAGAGCCAAAGACGUGGUAUGGUGUGCCCUCUCACGCAGCAGAGCAGCUGGAGGAUGUGAUGAAGGAAUUGGCUCCUGAGCUGUUUGAGUCCCAGCCUGAUCUCCUGCAUCAGCUGGUCACUAUUAUGAACCCCAAUGUGCUGAUGGAACAUGGUGUACCAGUUUUCAGGACCAAUCAGUGUGCUGGCGAGUUUGUUGUGACCUUUCCUCGUGCCUAUCACUCUGGAUUUAACCAGGGAUACAACUUUGCUGAAGCUGUGAACUUCUGCACUGCUGACUGGCUCCCCAUUGGACGUCAGUGUGUGAGUCACUACCGAAGGCUGGGACGUCACUGUGUGUUCUCCCACGAGGAGCUGAUCUUCAAGAUGGCUGCAGAUCCAGAGUGCUUGGAUGUGGGGCUGGCUGCCAUGGUCUGCAAGGAGAUGACUCUGCUGAUAGAGGAGGAGACACGGCUGAGGGAGUCUGUUGUACAGAUGGGAGUGUUGAUGUCUGAGGAAGAGGUGUUUGAGCUGGUUCCAGAUGAUGAACGUCAGUGCACAGCUUGCAGAACCACGUGCUUCUUGUCAGCCCUUACGUGUUCCUGUAACCCCGAGCGCCUGGUGUGCUUAUACCAUCCCUCUGAUCUGUGUCCCUGUCCCAUGCAGAAGAAGUGUCUAAGGUACCGCUAUCCACUAGAAGACCUUCCUUCUUUGUUGUAUGGAGUGAAAGUUAGAGCGCAGUCUUACGACACUUGGGUCAGUAGAGUUACAGAGGCUCUGUCUGCCAAUCUCAACCACAAGAAAGAUGUGAUUGAGCUGAGAGUAAUGUUGGAGGAUGCUGAAGACAGGAAAUACCCAGAGAACGAUCUUUUCCGCAGGCUCCGAGAUGCUGUGAAAGAAGCAGAGACCUGUGCUUCAGUAGCACAGCUGCUUCUGAGCAAAAAGCAAAAACACAGAGUGAGCCCAGACAGUGGGAGGACACGGACCAAGCUGACUAUGGAGGAGCUUAAAGCAUUUGUGCAGCAGCUGUUCAGCUUGCCAUGUGUUAUCAGCCAGGCCCGACAAGUGAAGAAUCUGCUCGAUGAUGUGGAAGAAUUUCAUGAGCGUGCUCAAGAAGCUAUGAUUGAUGAGAUCCCAGACUCUUCCAAGCUGCAGGAGUUGAUAGACAUGGGCUCUGGCCUUUAUGUUGAACUUCCAGAACUGCCAAGGUUGAAGCAAGAACUGCAGCAGGCACGGUGGCUGGAUGAGGUGAGGUCCACCCUCCUGGAUCCCCAGAGAGUCACCCUGGAUGUGAUGAAGAAGCUGAUUGACUCUGGUGUGGGCUUGGCACCACACCACGCUGUAGAAAAAGCCAUGGCUGAGCUGCAGGAGCUGCUCACAGUCUCAGAGAGGUGGGAGGAGAAGGCCAAGGUCUGCCUGCAGGCCAGACCACGCCAAAGUAUGAUGGCUCUGGAGGGCAUCGUGAAUGAAGCAAAGAACAUCCCUGCUUACCUGCCCAAUGUGCUGGCACUGAAAGAAGCCCUGCAGCGGGCUAGAGACUGGACAGCCAAAGUGGAGGCCAUUCAGAAUGGGAGCAACUAUGCAUACCUGGAGCAGCUGGAGAGCUUGUCUGCCAAAGGCCGGCCCAUCCCGGUGCGCCUGGACGCCCUGCCCCAGCUGGAGUCGCAGGUGGCCGCAGCUCGGGCCUGGAGGGAGCGCACAGGGAGGACCUUCCUCAAGAAGAAUUCCAGCUACAGCCUGCUGCAGGUUCUGAGCCCACGGACUGACAUUGGUGUUUACGGGAGCAGUAAGAACAGGCGGAAGAGGGCAAAGGAGUUGAUGGAGAAGGAAAAGGAGAAAGAUCUUGACUUGGAAUCCCUGAGUGAACUGGAGGAUGGGCUGGAGGAGGCCAGGGAUGCUGCAGCUGUGGUGGCUGUAUUCAAGGAGCGGGAGCAGAAGGAAAUUGAAGCCAUGCAUGCUCUCAGGGCAGCCAACCUGGCCAAGAUGACCAUGGUGGACAGAAUCGAAGAGGUCAAGUUCUGUAUCUGCCGCAAGACGGCCAGCGGGUUCAUGCUGCAGUGCGAGCUGUGCAAGGACUGGUUUCACAGCGGCUGCGUGCCCCUGCCCAAAACCAGCUCCCAGAAGAAGGGCUCCAGCUGGCAGGCCAAGGAGGUGAAGUUCCUGUGUCCCCUGUGCCAGCGCUCGCGCCGGCCGCGGCUGGAGACCAUCCUGUCCCUGCUGGUGUCCCUGCAGAAGCUGCCCGUGCGCCUGCCCGAGGGGGAGGCCCUGCAGUGCCUGACAGAGCGAGCCAUGAGCUGGCAGGACCGGGCUCGGCAGGCCCUGGCCACCGACGAGCUGUCCUCCGCCUUGGCCAAGCUGUCGGUGCUCAGCCAGCGCAUGGUGGAGCAGGCAGCUCGCGAGAAAACAGAGAAAAUCAUCAGCGCGGAGCUGCAGAAGGCAGCAGCUAACCCCGACCUGCAGGGACACUUAACAAGUUUUCAGCAGUCAGCCUUUAACAGAGUGAUAGGGAGUGUGUCCUCAUCCCCACGGCAGACUUUGGAUUAUGAUGAUGAAGAGACAGACUCCGAUGAAGACAUCAGGGAGACAUAUGGCUAUGACAUAAAGGACAAUGCCAGUGUGAAGUCUUCCAGCAGCCUGGAGCCCAAUUUAUUUUGUGAUGAGGAAAUCCCCAUUAAAUCAGAGGAGGUGGUGACACACAUGUGGACUGCUCCCUCAUUCUGUGCUGAGCACGCCUAUUCCUCUGCUUCUAAAAGCUGCUCUCAAGCUUCUAGCACUCCAAGGAAGCAGCCUCGGAAGAGCCCGCUGGUGCCUCGCAGUUUGGAGCCCCCUGUGUUGGAGCUGUCACCUGGAGCAAAAGCUCAGCUGGAAGAUCUGAUGAUGGUUGGAGAUCUCCUGGAGGUAUCCCUGGAUGAAACUCAGCACAUCUGGAGGAUUUUGCAGGCCACUCAUCCACCCUCUGAGGACAGGUUUCUUCAUGUCAUGGAGGAUGACAGCAUGGAUGAAAAACCACUGAAAAUGAGAGGGAGGGACUCUUCUGAGAGGAAGCGGAAACGAAAACUGGAGAGAGCAGAGCAGUUCUUUGGAGACAUGAAGCAGAAAUCUAAAGAGCUGAAAAAGCUGGAAAAACCCAAGAAGAAGAAGCUGAAACUCACCAUGGACAAGACAAAAGAGCUGAACAAGCUGGCAAAGAAACUGGCUAAGGAGGAGGAGCGGAAGAAGAAGCAGCGAGAGAAGGCAGUUGUGGCAAAGGUAGAACUGGCAAAGGAGAGCACAGAGAAAAAAAGAGAGAAGAAGGUUCUGGAUAUUCCUUCCAAGUAUGACUGGUCAGGAGCAGAGGAGUCGGAUGAUGAGAACGCUGUGUGUGCUGCUCAGAACUGCCAAAGGCCCUGCAAGGACAAAGUGGACUGGGUGCAGUGUGACGGGGGCUGCGAUGAGUGGUUCCACCAGGUGUGUGUCGGGGUCUCCCCAGAGAUGGCUGAGAAUGAGGAUUACAUCUGUAUAAACUGUGCAAAGAAACCCCUGCAGGGACCCAGCAGCCCUGCCCACGCCCCACCUCCUCCCUUCUUGUUGAGCUACAAACUACCAAUGGAAGAUCUCAAGGAGGCGAGUUAGCAGCUGCUCGAUGCCCUGAACUUGUGGGGAAAUGGACCACUGGAACCCUUCAGGAGGAGAGGGUUUGAAGCUGAUGUAGCCCCUGAGCUUCUCUUGCCAGGACGGACAGAUGUGCAGCGGAGUUGGCCCGUUCCUUACAGCUGGCUUCCUUGGGACAGCGGGAGCGCCUCUGGCACACAGACACUGCCUGCUCUGGCACACAGACACUGCCUGCUCUGGCACACAGACACCGCCUGCUCUGGCACACAGACACCCCCUGCUCUGGCACACAGACACCCCCUGCUCUGGCACACAGACACCCCCUGCUCUGGCACACAGACAC